GCAGGUUUGUCGUUGUAUGAACAAACCAUUUUGAGCCGAAAUUAAAACAUUUAUAUAUUCUGCAUAUAAGACGUGAUUAUAUUUCUGGUGGGGUCUAUCGAAGAUUUUGCGCCUUGUUUGAUUGAUUAGGGCUUGGGUUGUUUGGUUGGAACACAGAUAAAUUGAAUUGAAGAAAGAAAGCAUUUUGGGAUUGAGCUCUGUAAUUGUUUGCAAUCUCUCAGAAUUCCAAUUCGGAAAGGCACUGAAUUUGGGGACUUUCGCCCUGGGGAAUUGAAUUUGGCUGCUUCGCAACUCUUAGUCCUGCAGGUGCAUUCGUACUCACUUGUCGUCUGUUGUGGAAAGAGUUUGCAAUGAUCCUCUCAUCAUGAGUGGGCUUGGGUGGGGUAGUUGUCGAUGGGCACCCCCGACAACAAACUAUCCGAGUUAGUUGACAUUUUCAAGUCUUGGAUCCCCAGGAGGUCCGAGCCGCCCAAUGUGUCCAGGGACUUUUGGAUGCCUGAUCAGAGCUGUAGGGUAUGUUAUGACUGUGACUCUCAGUUCACAAUAUUUAACCGGAGGCAUCAUUGUCGACUUUGUGGCCGAGUUUUCUGUGCCAAGUGUACUGCAAACUCUGUUCCUGCCCCAUCUGAUGAGCAAAGGGUUGGAAGGGAAGAUUGGGAGAGGAUUAGGGUCUGUAAUUAUUGCUUCAGGCAAUGGGAGCAAGGGAUAGCAACAGUUGAUAAUGGCCCUCCUGCACGAAGCCCUGGCCUCAGUCCAUCACCAUCUGCGACAAGUUUGGCAAGCACCAAGUCCAGCUGCACCUGCCACAGUAGUAGCAGCACUAUUGGCUCUACCCCUUAUUCGACUGGACCUUACCAGCGUGUUCCGUAUACUUCUGGUCUUAGCCCUAAUCAAUCAUCUCCCCAAAUCGAUUCAGUUACGGCCACGCAAGACAAUUGUACAUCUCAGAGGAGUAUUAGUUCUGAUGCAGCCAUGGCAGAGUCGUCUCCUAACCACUUUGGCUUUGGCAUGAACAGGAGUGAUGAUGAGGAUGAUGACUAUGGCGUUUAUCGUUUAGAUUCAGAACCAAGUCAUUUCUCUCAUGCCAAUGACUAUUAUGGUGCAGUCAAUAUCGAGGAGUUCGAUAAUGUUUAUGGACCACACAAUGUGCAUCUUGAUGGAGAUAACAUGAGUUCCUUAUUACCUGAGGGUUUUGAUACACAGGGUGUAGAGGGAAGUCAGGAACUCAGGGAAGAAUCAUAUGAACACGAUAAUUGUGAUGAGUGCGAAACUUCUCCAUAUGACCUGCAAAGUACAAAUGCAGAACCUGUGGAUUUCGAGAACAAUGGGCUACUUUGGCUCCCUCCAGAGCCUGAGGAUGAGGAAGAUGAGAGAGAAGCUGUCUUAUUUGAUGAGGACGAUGAAGAUGGUGGUGGUGUUGGUGGUGCUGCUGGGGAGUGGGGAUAUUUGCGUUCUUCAAAUAGCUUUGGUAGUGGGGAGUGUCGUACUAGAGAGAAGUCAAUUGAGGAGCACAGGAAUGCGAUGAAGAAUGUGGUGGAAGGUCAUUUUAGAGCUUUGGUAGCUCAGCUUUUGCAGGUUGAAAACCUACCUCUGGCUGAUGAAGACAACAAAGAGAGCUGGUUGGACAUAAUUACAUCUUUGUCUUGGGAGGCUGCCACACUCCUUAAACCAGAUACAAGCAAGGGUGGAGGAAUGGAUCCUGGGGGAUAUGUGAAGGUCAAAUGCAUAGCUUGUGGGCGUAGGAAUGAGAGUACGGUGGUUAAAGGAGUUGUUUGUAAGAAAAAUGUGGCUCAUCGGCGAAUGACAUCAAAGAUAGAAAAGCCACGCUUUUUAAUCCUUGGAGGAGCUUUGGAAUAUCAGCGUGUUUCAAAUCUAUUAUCAAGUUUUGAUACUUUGUUGCAGCAGGAAAUGGAUCAUCUGAAGAUGGCAGUUGCAAAGAUAGACUCACAUCACCCUAAUGUUCUUUUGGUGGAGAAGUCUGUAUCCCGUUAUGCUCAAGAUUACCUUCUUGCGAAAGACAUAUCACUUGUUCUGAAUAUCAAGAGGCCACUUUUAGAGCGAAUAGCCCGCUGCACUGGGGCACAAAUAGUCCCUUCAAUAGAUCAUCUCAUAUCACCAAAACUAGGGUAUUGUGAUAUAUUCCAUGUGGAGAAAUUUCUUGAAGUGCAUGGCAGUGCUGGGCAAGGUGGGAAGAAAUUGACAAAGACUCUAAUGUUCUUCGAGGGUUGCCCGAAGCCCUUGGGUGUUACUAUUUUGCUCCGUGGUGCCAAUGGGGAUGAGUUAAAGAAGGUGAAACAUGUUGUCCAAUAUGGAGUUUUUGCGGCUUAUCACUUGGCUCUGGAGACUUCAUUUCUAGCUGAUGAAGGUGCUUCACUUCCAGAACUUCCUUUGAAGUCUGUGAUAACUGUUGCAUUACCCGAUAAACCAUCAAGUAUUGACAGGUCUAUUUCCACAAUACCUGGUUUUAGUGUCCCAGCGGCUGGCAAGCCUCAGGGUCCCGAAGCUAGCAGUGAACUACAGAAAUCUAAUAAAGGCUCAAUUUCAGAUAGUGACUUGUGUACCAAUAUCAACCCCAUUUUGAAUAUGGAAGGCGCUAAUUCAAUUUGCUCAUCUAAAGCUGCUUGCUCUCAAGCUUUUCUUGGAGUUCAUUCCUCUGGCUCUGUAGAACCUAGAUCUCCCUUCAGUUCCUUGUCUCACCUGGGAGAGGAUAUCAGAGAUUCCUACCGUAAAAAGCUCCCCGGAAUUUGUGCCUCUGAAAAUGAUAUUGAUAUGGGUUGUAAAGAAUCUUUCCUGGCCAAAACAGAUAAGGCUGGAGAAGCUUUGUUCAAUGAUAUAUUGAUCUCUAAUUCUUUUGGAGCCUCAGAGGCAAUAGAACAUGGUGGUGGCAAUAGCCAUGCUGAUAAUGUUGCUUUAGCUGCAAAUCUUGGAGAGGCUCCAGAAUUUACGUCCAUAAAAAAUCAUAGUGAUAAUCACAAUGAGGAGGUGGAAUCUUCAAAGGAAGAGUUUCCCCCCUCACCUUCUGACCACCAAAGCAUUUUGGUUUCCCUAUCAACACGUUGUGUGUGGAAAGGAACUGUUUGUGAACGGUCCCAUCUCUUUCGAAUCAAAUACUAUGGAAAUUUUGAUAAGCCUUUGGGGAGGUUCUUACGAGAUCAUCUAUUUGAUCAGAGUUACCUUUGUCGUUCAUGUGGGAUGCCAUCAGAAGCGCAUGUUCAUUGUUAUACUCAUAGACAAGGGAGCCUUACAAUAUCUGUUAAGAAACUCCCAGAGACUUUGUUACGGGGGGAAAGGGAAGGCAAAAUUUGGAUGUGGCACAGGUGCUUGAGAUGUCCUCGAACCAAUGGCUUUCCUCCAGCAACUCGCAGAGUAGUCAUGUCAGAUGCUGCUUGGGGUUUAUCUUUUGGGAAAUUUUUGGAAUUGAGCUUUUCAAAUCAUGCAGCUGCAAACAGAGUCGCAACCUGUGGUCAUUCCCUUCACAGAGAUUGUCUUCGGUUUUAUGGUUUUGGAAGAAUGGUUGCUUGCUUCAGCUAUGCCUCAAUUCAUGUUCAUUCUGUUUAUCUGCCACCAUCCAAACUCGAAUUUCACUAUGAUAAUCAGGAAUGGAUACAAAAAGAAGCAGAUGAGGUGGGUCAUCGGGCAGAGCUUCUAUUUACUGAAUUGCGCAAUGCUCUUAAUCAAAUUUUAGGGAAGAGACCACUUGCAGGGACACAGGAUGGUGGUAAGAAAACACCUGAAUCAAGUCAUCAAAUUGCAGAACUUGAAGAGAUGCUUCAAAAGGAAAGAGAAGACUUUGAGGAAUCACUGCGAAAAAUUAUGCAUAGGGAGGUGAAGUUUGGCCAUCCUGCAAUUGAUAUUCUUGAGAUCAAUAAAUUGCGGAGGCAGUUGCUUUUCCACUCUUACGUUUGGGACCAACGCCUGAUUCAUGCUGCCAGUUUAAGUAACAAAGGUUUUCAGGAAGGUUUGAGCAGUUCCCUUCCAAAACUCAAGGAGAAACCUCUCAGUUCUAUGGAGAAGCUUGCUGAGACAAAUAUAAACUCCAAGCCAGGUAAAGGAGUUAGUAUUUGUGAUUCCUCUCUUCUGGAAACAAAGCCCGAUAUAAAUGUUAAUCCAGGAGGAGAUGUUGGCUACUUGAGCCCGCCUGGAGGGGUUCAUAACAAAACUGAAAUGGGUCUGGAUCUGAAUCAUAGUAAUGAGGCUGAUCUUUCCACUCCUUCCUUUCCAAAUGUCAUAGAUAAAUCUGAUCCAUUGGAAUCUGGAAAAAGUGUACGAAGGGCCCUCUCAGAAGGGGAUGAGUGUCCAACAGUGGCAAAUUUAUCUGAUACCCUUGAUGCAGCUUGGACUGGUGAAAGUCAUCCAACUAGUACAAUACCUAAAGACAAUGGCUAUUCUAUUCCUGAUUCAACCUUAGUAAAUUCUCCAACUGCAAUAAGAAAAGUUGCAUCUAAUUCAGAUUUGCAGAACUAUACUAUUGACCAAGUUGGGGUAAAGGUAACUCAUUCUCUUAGCUCUCCAUUGCAUCUUAAGGGAUUCGACAAAAAUAUUUCCUUGAAUGCUCAGAAGCUCUUUGUUGGUGAGGGCAAUCCUGUCUAUGUUCCAUUGUUCAGGGAAUUGGAACGGCAAAGUGGUGCCAGGCUGCUACUGCCUAUUGGUGUUAAUGACACUGUUAUCCCUGUGUUUGAUGAUGAACCCACUAGUAUUAUUGCAUAUGCACUUGUCUCGCCUGAUUACCAUUUGCAGAUCUCUGAGUCUGAGAGACCAAAAGAUGCUCUGGAUUCUUCAGUCUCAUUACCGCUUUUUGAUUCAGCAAAUCUUCUCUCACUUACCUCUUUUGAUGAGGCAGUUUCUGAGACCUACAGGAAUCUUGGUUCGUCUGAUGAGAGCCUCAUAUCCACGUCACUGUCACGGAGCUCUCAGGCUUUGGACUCACUCUUGUCAAAGGAUUUACAUGCUAGAGUUUCUUUUGCAGAUGAUGGGCCCCUUGGCAAGGUGAAGUAUACAGUGACUUGUUACUACGCAACCCGGUUUGAGGCUUUAAGGAGGACAUGCUGCCCUUCUGAAAUAGAUUUUGUGCGAUCUCUUAGCCGUUGUAAGAAGUGGGGGGCCCAGGGUGGAAAGAGCAAUGUUUUCUUUGCAAAAACCUUGGAUGAUCGGUUUAUCAUCAAACAAGUUACAAAGACGGAGCUGGAGUCGUUUAUCAAGUUUGCACCAUCUUAUUUUAAGUAUUUGUCAGAGUCAAUUAGUACUCGAAGCCCGACUUGCCUGGCAAAGAUCCUGGGUAUUUAUCAGGUUUCAUCAAAGCUUGGUAAAGGAGGAAAAGAGUCCAAGAUGGAUGUUUUAGUAAUGGAGAAUUUGUUAUUUAGACGGAAUGUCACACGGCUUUAUGAUCUCAAAGGAUCUGCUCGAUCACGUUAUAAUCCAGAUACAAGUGGGAGCAAUAAAGUUUUACUGGACCAGAAUCUGAUUGAAGCAAUGCCAACUUCUCCAAUUUUUGUGGGUAACAAGGCAAAGCGGCUACUAGAGAGAGCUGUCUGGAAUGAUACUGCAUUCCUUGCUUCAAUUGAUGUGAUGGACUAUUCAUUACUUGUUGGCGUGGAUGAGGAAAAGGAUGAGCUAGUUCUGGGGAUUAUUGAUUUUGUGAGGCAAUAUACAUGGGACAAGCACCUUGAAACUUGGGUGAAGACCUCAGGCCUUCUCGGCGGACCAAAGAACACGUCUCCCACUGUGAUUUCACCCCAGCAGUACAAGAAACGUUUCAGGAAAGCUAUGACCACUUAUUUUCUCAUGGUACCUGAUCAGUGGUCUCCCGUAACGAUCGUUGCUAGUAGGUCCCAAUCUGAACUUUGUGAAGAAAAUGCGCAGGGUGAUGGAGAGCUGUGACACCUUUUAGCCUGUAUAUGUCGAGAUUUAAGCUGAAUAAUCUCAACAAUUUUUACUUGUAUAUGUGAAAAUCUGAGCUGAAUGAAUAAUGUCACUGCAAAGCUAUAUAUCAAUAUGCCUUAAUUUCUCUCGUU